GACAAAAUGGCUGCUUGCGUCUGGAGGAAGUUUACAAUGUUUUGAGAUGUAGGGUAGGGUAUAGAUCUAGUACAUGGUCCGCUGUCAGGAAUGAUGGCAUAAAAAAUAAAGGCAUUCAUUCCUUCCGUCGUUUGAAGAAGCAGAGGGACCAUUUCAGUCAGAUGUUUAUAAAGCUUGCCAGACUGCUAACAUUAACUUCGUAAGGCUGGCUAGUCAUUGAGCCUUAGCUAGUGUUCACUUGUUAACAACGAUUGUAAAGUAACUUUAGUAUGGUUAUUGACUCCUCUGGUUGUUCUAAUAUUAUGCAUAAAUUAUGCAUCGUUUAGUCUAAUUUCCUAUGUUUGAAUGUUUGUAACUUAACGUUAAGCCAACAUCGAGUACGGAAGACUCGCAUUAUAGACGGUAACAUUAGUUGCCGACAUAACCUGCUUACCUAUGCAAUAAACGCCGAUUUCUGAAAGCUUCGACCUGCAGGAUGAACAGGAAGAAAGACAAGGGUUUCGAGAGUCCUCGACCAUACAAAUUAACCCAUCAGGUGGUAUGCAUAACCAACAUCAAUUUCCAGAGGAAGUCAGUUAUUGGAUAUGUGGAGCUGACUAUCUUUCCCACGGUUGUGAAUUUAAACCGCAUCAAACUCAACAGCAAGCAGUGUCGCAUAUACAGAGUACGCGUCAAUGAUUUGGAGUCUCCGUUCAUUUACAAUGAUCCCACCUUAGAAGUUUGUCAUCAUGAAUCAAAGCAGAGGAACCUGAACUACUUCUCCAGUGCCUACACGGCUGCGGUCAGUGCGGUGGACCCAGAUGCUGGAAAUGGGGAGCUCUGCAUUAAGGUCCCGUCAGAGCUCUGGAAGCAAGGAGACGAGAUGAAGGUGUUGAAAGUGUACAUUGAGUUCUCGCUGGACCAGCCUAAGGGAGGCCUGCACUUUGUUGUGCCUGACGUGGAGGGCAGCAUGGCAGAGCGGGGAGCCCACAUCUUCUCCUUCGGCUACCAGAACUCCACACGGUUCUGGUUCCCAUGCGUGGACUCGUAUUCGGAGCUGUGCACGUGGAAGCUGGAGUUCACAGUGGACGCCUCCAUGGUCGCCGUGUCCUGUGGAGACCUGCUGGAGACUGUCUACACCCACGACAUGCGCAAGAAGACCUACCAUUACAUGCUGCCCAUCCCCACUGCGGCCCCCAACAUCUCCCUGGCUGUUGGACCAUUUGAGAUUCUUGUGGAUCCCUACAUGCAUGAGGUGACCCACUUCUGCCUGCCUCAACUGCUUCCCCUGCUCAAGCACACCAUGUCCUACCUCCAUGAGAUCUUUGAGUUCUAUGAGGAGAUCCUCACCUGCCGCUAUCCCUACUCCUGCUUCAAGACUGUCUUUGUGGACGAGGCCUAUGUGCAGGUCUCCUCCUAUGCUUCCAUGAGCAUCUUCAGUACGAAUCUCCUGCACAGUGCCAUGAUUAUCGACCAGACCCCCCUGACGCGCCGCUGCUUGGCCCAGGCUCUGGCCCAGCAGUUCUUUGGCUGUUUCAUCUCGCGCAUGUCCUGGUCUGAUGAGUGGGUUCUAAAAGGAAUUUCUGGCUACAUCUACGGGUUGUACCUGAAGAAGACCUUUGGUGUGAAUGAGUACCGGCACUGGAUUAAGGAGGAGCUGGACAGGAUUGUGGAUUAUGAGCUGAAGAUGGGGGGAGUUCUGCUGCACCCCACCUUUGGAGGAGGGAAAGAAAAGGACAACCCGACGCCUCACUUGCACUUCUCCAUCAAACACCCCCACACGCUGUCCUGGAAGUACUACAAGAUGUUCCAGUGCAAAGCCCACCUGGUCAUGCGGCUGAUCGAGAAUCGGAUCAGCAUGGAGUUCAUGCUUCAGGUCUUCAACAAACUGCUGAGCUUAGCCAGCACCGCCUCGUCCCAGAAGUACCAGUCUCAUAUGUGGAGCCAGAUGCUGGUGUCGACCUCCAGUUUCCUUAAGUCCAUCUCCAACGUGUCUGGCAAGGACAUCGGUCCUCUCAUCAAGCAAUGGGUAGACCAGAGUGGGGUGGUGAAGUUCUUUGGGAGCUUUGCCUUCAACAGGAAGAGGAAUGUGCUUGAGCUGGAAAUUCGCCAGGAUUACACCUCAUCCGGCACACAGAAAUACGUGGGCCCCAUCAAGGUGACGGUUCAGGAACUGGAUGGCUCCUUCAACCACACCCUGCAGAUAGAGGAAAACAGUCUGAAGCAUGAUAUACCUUGCCACUCCAAGAGCAGAAGAAACAAGAAGAAGAAGAUUCCUCUGAUGAACGGAGAGGAAGUUGACAUGGACCUCUCAGCCAUGGAACCCGAGAGCAGUAGAGGAAAGGACAGGGCCAGCUGCAGCUAUCUGGAGCUAGGUGCUGACUCACCGUUGCUGUGGAUUCGGAUCGACCCGGACAUGUCCAUCUUGCGGAAGGUGGAGUUCGAGCAGGCCGACUUCAUGUGGCAGUACCAGCUGCGCUACGAGCGCGACGUGGUGGCCCAGGAGGAGUCCAUCUUGGCUCUGGAGAAGUUUUCCACGCCGGCCUCGCGUCUCGCCCUCACCGACAUCCUAGAGCAGGAGCAGUGCUUCUACAAAGUGCGCAUGCAGGCCUGCUUCUGCCUGGCCAAGAUUGCCAACUCCAUGAUGAGCACGUGGACCGGACCACCUGCCAUGAAAUCCCUUUUCACCCGCAUGUUCUGCUGCAAGAGCUGCCCAAACAUCGUCAAGACCAACAACUUCAUCAACUUCCAGAGCUACUUCCUGCAAAAGACUAUGCCAGUUUCUAUGGCUUUGUUGAGAGAUGUGCAGAAUUUAUGCCCUAAAGAAGUUCUGAACUUCAUCCUGGACCUCAUCAAGUACAAUGAUAACAGGAAGAAUAAGUUCUCUGACAACUACUACAGGGCUGAGUUGAUUGACGCCCUCACCAACUCCCUGACUCCUGCGAUCAGCAUUAACAACGAGGUCCGCACGGUGGACAACCUCAACCCAGACGUGCGCCUCAUUCUGGAAGAGAUCACCCGCUACCUCAACAUGGAGAAACUGCUCCCCAGCUACAGGAACACAAUCACUGUUAGUUGUCUGCGAGCCAUUCGCACGCUGCAGAAGAAUGGCCACAUUCCCAGUGAUCCCAGCCUCUUCAAGUCCUAUGCAGAGUUUGGCCAUUUUGUUGAUGUCCGCAUCGCUGCACUGGAAGCUCUUGUGGAUUACACUCGAGUUGACAGGAGCUCAGAAGAACUCCAGUGGCUGCUGACCAUGGUCCAGAAUGACCCCACACAUUAUGUCAAACAUAAGAUCCUAAGCAUGCUUGGUAAGAACCCACCUUUUACCAAAGCAACAGAGUCAGCGCUCUGCAACGAGGCACUUGUGGACCAACUGUGGAAGCUCAUGAACUCAGGCACCUCUCACGACUGGCGCCUGCGCUGCGAUGCGAUGAACCUGUACUACACGCUGUUUGGCCUGACACGGCCCUCCUGCCUGCCCCUGCCCGAGCUGGGCCUGGUACUCAACCUGAAGGAGAAGAAGGCCUUGCUCAACCCCACCAUCAAGCCCGAGCAGGCCGUGGCUGCCCCCGAGCUGCCCUCGUCCAUCUCGUCCAUGGCCUUCUCAGUCAGUACUAAGGCAGAGGAAGAGCAUCUGGUCAUCGAUACACCACCUAUCCCGGUCCCUCCACCCAGUCAGGCCCUGAAGAGGAAGCUGGACACACCCCUGGGGUCUCCCCCAGAGCCGGGGCAGGUGCUGCAGGACGAGCUGAGCGCUAAAAUUCCCAUGAAGAGCAGGUUUCCCACCCAAGAAGAGGAGGACAUCGACAUGGAGACAGUUCAUGAUAGUCAGGCUUUCAUUUAUCAUCAUUUGAACAUGCUGGAAAGACCAUCUACACCAGGAAAAGAGCCUCCGUCCGUGGAGCAGAGCCUGCUCUCCAUGCCCGCCACGCCCAUGCCUAUGUUCAGCAAGGAGAGCAGCUCGUCGUCCAAGCACGGCGAGCACCACCACCACCACCACCACCACCACGAGCACAAGAAGAAGAAGAAGAAGCACAAGCACAAGCACAAACACAAGCACAAGCACGACAGCAAGGACAAGGAGCGCGACUCGCACGCCUUCAGCAACAGCCCAGCCAGCGGACGCUCCAUCCGCUCGCCAUCCCUCUCCGACUGAGGACGGCCUUCUGCCCAAGCCUGGGGG